UCGCAUGCGACGGGGUACGGGAUAACCCGGGCUGCCACUCUCAGCGAUACACCGCCACCACACAUCAUAGCAGGAAGAGAUGGCGACUGAAAUUAACCUGUGUGUCAUGAAGUUGGCGUUUGUGUUCGUGUUCGUGUCGGUUUCUGCGUUUGUCCCGGCUGGGGCUUCUCCCGAGCGGACGAAGACGGUGGAGUUCAACGUUAAACCGGGAGGAGUGGUGCACACUUUCACCGAGGGGAUUAGGGAGUAUGAAUGCUCAUUCACUUAUGCUUCACAAGGGGGAACCAAUGAGCAAUGGCUGAUGAGUGUGGGCCUGAGUGACGAGGACACACUGUUUUCCUGUUCUGUGUGGAGGCCUCAGGGGAAAUCGUACCUGUUUUUCACUCAGUUCAAAGCUGAACUGAAGGGAACCAAAAUUGAUUAUGCCAACGCAUAUUCACAGACAGCAGCAGCAGGACAGAGUGACGUGCCUUUGAAACCGGAGGAAUUUACAGUAGGAGACUCAACAGUGACCCACAACGAAGGAAAGUUCAGCGCCCAACUCUCCAAGCUGACCGCCAUCGGACGGACACAACACGAUGAGCUGUAAUUGGUCGGAAGUCUGACUCAGCUUUGGUCAUGUUUUGACCAAUCAGAGCAACUUGGUGAGCUCUGAGUCAGGCCUCUGUGUUUCAGUGCAGUAGUCAAUGAAGGAAGGAUUUGGGAGAGUUCUUCCUAAGUGACAACCAAAACUCUAACUAGGAUGAUACUGAUACUGCCUUUGCAGCACUUUGUGUGCCAGUACAUUAAUUACCUGGUAUUUUCUUACCGCAAUGGAUUUAUGCUACAUGGGAAUAAAACUUUUUUUUUUUUUUUUUUUUUUUUUUAAACGUAAUGUCCUAUUUAGAAUUCUGCCUUAAGAUAAAGUGCUUCCAUAGUUGUUUUUUAGUUUCUGAAGGCUCUUAAGAUUUACAGAGAAUAAAUCUGCCCUGAUCCACUGGGGACAUAUGUGAAUGUAUAGAGGAUUGGUGUCUGGGGGUUUGUAGAGUAUAGAUAACAUAUUUAGGGUAGAGAGGGAUUAAUCCAUCUUGUGUAAUCCUGAGAGGAAAGUGAGUAAUCCCCAAUAUCGUCGUGGCACACGCACAAACAAUAAAACAUUCCUCAAUUUCAUUCGGUUCUGAGCUGCGGUUUAGACGACGCCUCUCUCUCUGUCGUCAUCUCUCUGUUUAUCUUCAUCUGUUCCAGAUAGCUGAGAGCACCACAUUUGAUCUCCCCUAAAUCACAAAUGACUGUUAUUUGUGAUAAGUUUUUGUUUUCUGCUUGUUUAUAGCCAGAAGUGAUACUUGUAAUAGAGCAGAUAGCCUCAUCAUAUGGUAUUAAGAGAACAAUAUACAGUAUACAAUGAAGAUCAUGUUUUUGAACACUGUAAGGCAUUUUUGGAUAAAUCUCAAAGAAUAUAAAUGUGAAAUAAUUGUAAAAACUCUCCAGUUAGAAAAUAGAAGAAGGAAUGGAGCCUCCAAAGUUCUGAAAGAUUUUUCUUUCUUCCUUUUUUUUUUUUUUUUUUUUUUUAAAUCUUGAGCGUAGUUUAUAUGAACCAGAAAGUCUCACUGACCGGUAUGUCAACUGAAAAACUCAGACUGUGGAAGAACCAAGAAAUCAGGCACACCGUCGAUGACUCAUUUUAUGAUGUUUGGGUCCUCAGAGAUUUAUCAGGUAAGAUGUAAAUUUUACAUGAAGAUCUGAGGAACCAAAAGUCAUAAAAAAAAAAUCAUUACACACCUGUAGCUGGCAAUGCAACAAUGGUCACAAAACCCCGUAUUUCUCUUAUGUUUAAUGGACUCUUCUAGUUUUAGGUUAUUUUAGUGAACUUUCAGUGACAUUAUGUAAAAUGUAACCAAAAAGCUAUAAUAUAGUGUGAGCACAGACAUUUGGCUCUUGAACCCCUUUUUUUUUUUUUUUUUUUCAUCCUACAGUGUCACGUGUGGCUCAGCAAGGAUAUUGUGCAUGUUUCAGAAGUACAUCAUUAUUAUAGGUCCCCUUCCUCUCCCUGCUUUCAUGUAGCGAGAAGGAUUGCCUUUAUCUUCCUUACACGGAUCCAACCCUCUUAGAUCCACACAAGCGUCCAGGGGAUGAGUUCUGGGGAUUGAUUUCAGAUUUGAGGAUUGUGCUGAUUUGACUCUGUGGUCGAAUUACUUUCUAAGGUUCCUACC